AUGAGCCAGCAGUUGGUGCCUAUUCCUACUCUGUACAUAAAUAACCUAAACGACAGACUGCCAAAGGAGCAAUUGAGGCGUUCUCUUUAUAUGCUGUUUUCCCAGUUCGGCAUAGUUCUGGACGUUGUAGCACUCAAGACAGAAAGAAUGCGCGGACAAGCUUGGGUUUCUUUUCUGACGCCUCAAAAUGCGACGGACGCGAUGAAUUCUCUUCAGGGAUUUGACUUUUAUGGCAAGCCUAUGGUAUUUUGA